ACUGCUAUACGGAUCCGCCUUCAAGUCGCCCAACCCGCGUUACUGUCACAUUCGUUUUGGCUCCGCCUAGAGGAUACAGCUCCGCCUCUGAAAAUUGUACGGUCAGACAGCUGAUCCUGAGCGGACUCGUGUCUGAUUCGCAUACGCGGACGCGACAAACUAAACCGGCGCGCGCCGCCUAGAGUUAUAGGCUCCGCCUACGCGCGCUGAGCCGACCAAUGUCUGCACCCGCAGACGUGUACGCGCAUGAGCCAAGAUCUCUGGACUUUCUUUGCUGGAACACGAACGUAAGUAUAGAUUUAUUGAUUUAUUGCUACAUUCGCAGUAAAGAUCGGCCUUUGUGUUUCCAUCAUCAUUUAUGUAUGAUUGUAAUGACGUUGUUUGAUAUUAGGACUAGCAGUAAAACUUUAUAUUCUGUAAAAAAAGGCUUUUAUUUCCAGCGCCGCCUCCCAGAAUGCUUUGCAUGGGGACGUGCGUCUGACGUCACGUAUUCAGAAAAUUCGAAAUGGCUGCACGCGGGAGGUGAGGCCCGAGCGAAGAAAAGUGGAAAAGAGUGUUAUUCGUCAAAAAACCCACACAACGACGGUCAUUUUUUCGCCGUGCUAUUGUAAAAUUGUCUUUUAUCUGUGUUUUGUGAAGCCGUGGAGCUCGAGAUCCUGUUUACUGUGGACUAGCUGUGUGUGACGCCCUGUUGUUUUUGUUUCCAUUACAAAAAAAGCUCCACCGUCUCGCCGAGUGCCAGCAAGAGUCAUGAGUACUUGUCAACUCGACUCCUCAACUGGAGAUAACUUUCUAGCACCUCACCAUGGGGAAGGAUGUAUUCAUAUGCCUUCACCAGCACCUGCAUUAAACAUGCAAACAGUUACACAAGUUCUUACCACCUUGGGGCACCAUUCAGACAACUACAAAGACGCAUUAAAAAUAAUGCAACAAUAUGGAAAGGGCUGCGACACCUCAGACCUGCAAUCUGAGGCAGAGAACGAGGAGCUGUCAGAAAAAAGGAACAGGAAGCCAGUCCAUCGUCUCGGGGACUCAGAUGAUAGCGAAGAAGACCCGGGAAAUAGUGACCUCACAUCUCUGGGGUUGGCAAGCCAAUUGCACAGGCAGACUCCACCGUCUCGCCGAGUGCCAGCAAGAGUCAUGAGUACUUGUCAACUCGACUCCUCAACUGGAGAUAACUUUCUAGCACCUCACCAUGGGGAAGGACACAUUCAUAUGCCUUCACCAGCACCUGCAUUAAACAUGCAGAGAGUUACACAAGGAACGGCAGUCCCUCCUCGACUCCCUCCACCCCCCUCACCAGCAGCCCUCAACAUGUGGCAGACAGAGGAGCCUGGAUCCAGCCUGGCCUACAGGCCAACAUGGCGAGGGGGAAGAAUGGCCGACAACAUUUCCUGCUCUGCGCCUGAGGUAAUCCACAUCCUUAGCCUGCUGGAAACUAUUAAGCACAACCAAGACCAGCUGAUUGCGAAGGUGCUGUGAGUAAAAAUGUGUUGACAAGGUCAGCCACGGACGCUGAGGUCACCAAACACGCCAUCAGGUGGUUCAACUUGGUGGGGGAUCGGGCAACGAGGAGACGAGUCCCGCUUCCACCUCCUCAGGAGGAAUAGAGAUGUAUAUGUAUAAAUA